ACAAUAUCAACCGAACCUGCCCAAACUGACCUAUGCAGUGCCUAAAGCCUAAAGCUUACCAUCUUAUUUAGUGCCCAGUAAGCGCGCAAUUUGACACAUCGCGAUCAAACGGAAAGACCACCCACUGAAUAUUAUCAAUCGAUACCAGGCAACCGAGCGCUCCAUCGUCGCAAUUUACAUGUACCACCAAUGCGCAUCCAUCAACACAUCCAUCAACGCACCCAUUAACGAUCCAUCAAUGAUCCAUCAACAGCCUUGUUGAUAUCGCUCACUUGUAUUCGUCGGCUAGCCCAAAUUUUUUUCUCUUUCCACUCCACCUUGCAAUUUUCCCACGGAGUCCCCUCGGACUUCGUAAUCGCUAUAUUUCACACUGGACGAUAACAUGGGUGUUAUCCGUAAGAAGACGGCCACCAGGGGCGGUGAAGGUGGCGUCAAAUACGUUUGCGAUGUCUGUUCAGCAGAUAUCACAUCUACGGUACGGAUACGAUGCGCCCAUAGUGCAUGCAAUGAUUACGAUUUGUGUGUGCAAUGCUUCGCCAGCGGCGCCGCCAGCGGUUCUCAUCAACCCUCAACGCACCCCUACAAGGUCAUUGAACAGAAUUCCUUCCCUAUCUUCGACAGAGACUGGGGUGCGGACGAAGAGUUGCUGCUCCUAGAGGGUUGCGAAAUCUAUGGCCUUGGAUCAUGGGCUGACAUUGCUGACCAUAUCGGUGGUUAUCGUCAUAAAGACGAGGUUCGAGAUCAUUACCUUAACGUCUACGUAGACUCAAAAUCCUUCCCGCUUCCGGAACGAUGCAAGCCCUCCGAUAUGGGUCUGGCGCAGGAGAUAUCUCGCGAGGAGUUCCAGUCACGUAAGAAGCGGAGGAUCGAGGAACGCCGCGAGGCUCAGAAGAAUGCGCCGCCGAUGCCACCUAAGACGAAGCCGACCGCUAGUGUCCCUUCGUGCCACGAGAUCCAGGGCUACAUGCCCGGCCGACUCGAAUUCGAGACCGAAUAUGCCAACGAGGCCGAGGAGGCGGUCCAACUCAUGCAGUUCGACCCCGGCGAUGGUAUAAAUCCCCGCACAGGGGAGCUCGAACCCGAGAUGGAACUUAAGCUCACGGUUAUGGACAUAUAUAACUGCCGCCUGACCCAACGUGUAGAGAGGAAAAAGGUCAUCUUCGAGCACAACUUGCUGGACUAUCGAGAAAACAGCAAGCAAGAGAAGAAGAGGACGAAGGAAGAACGAGACAUGUUGAACAAGGCUAAACCCUUCGCGCGCAUGAUGAACCACGACGACUUCGAGUCGUUCUGCCAGGGACUUAUCGACGAGUGGAACUUACGACAGGCGAUAGCACAAUUGCAGGAAUGGAGAAGUCUCAAGAUCGGGGAUCUUCGUAGCGGAGAGAAGUACGAGCAGGAGAAGGGUCAGCGCAGCCUGAAAGCUCAACCUAUGGGGUUGAUGGACAGGGAUCGAUUAGCAUCGGCGCAACGUUCUAAGCAAAACGUGCAACCAGAUCCUCCUAGCGGUGCUGCCUUGUUAGUCGCCCCCGAGCUCCCAUCUCGGCCGGCUGCAACUAGGACUCCAUCUCAGGGUCCCCCGGACAGCUUGACGAAUGGCGAGUCUAAGGCGCUCACCAACGGUCACACAAAUGGAGUUAACGGGGUCGUUACUAACGGAACAUCGACACCAGGCAAGCAGAAAUUUAUCUCUCAACCUAUCUCGGGCGUACAGCCGCUCUCCUUUUCGCUAGACACUACGCCAGAUCUGCAUCUUCUCACACCGGAAGAAAUAGAGCUGUGCAAGGGCUGCCGAAUUCAGCCGAAACCUUACCUAAUGAUCAAGGAACAGGUGAUGAAGGAAGGUCUCAAGGGCAACGGUGCGUUGAAGAAGAAGCAGGUGAAGGAGAUUUCUCGGUUGGAUUCGCAGAAGGGAAGCAGGAUCUUCGACUUCUUUAUCCAUUCCGGUUGGAUUUCCAAGGCCUAGUCCACCGCAUCCUUUGCGUCAACCCUACUUACCUAAUAUCUAAGUGCUCACUAUUCAACGAGAAGAAGCCGACCCUGCGCUAGAAAUCAAGCACACACAUCCUCCAUCCUAAUCCAGACGUGGCUUCGUCUCACAUAGGCUUCACCUCUUUCGAAUGUCCCACCUCUCCAUUUUUCUAUUGCUUUGCAAACAUGUGCAGAUAUGUUGGGGCGCGUCGGCGGGUUGUACGAAAGGGGCAGAGUAAUUGUCAAUGCAGGUGUUGAUUAAGUGUACAGAUGAUACCAUUGACCGUCGGUCAAGAAACCUCGAAUGAAAUGAAUGAAAGACAUG